AUCACUGCGCCGGGCUGAGCGCUGGGGAACGAGCACACGGUCGCUCAGUCGAGGAAACUGGGAGCGGGCUCAGGGAUCAGCAGCUGAGCUUUUUCAUACAGGCUGUAUCGCUGGGAAGUCAGUGACCAUGUCGACCUUCACCACCCAACUACCAGCUGUUGACUCUGUCAACUCCACCCAGCAACCCAAUUCCAGCAUCUACUUGUUCUCCAAGUUCAUCCACCCCGACAAAGAACUGUACAUAGAAUUCUAUACCCUGUGGAUUGCCUUGAUGGUAGUCAAUGCCGUCAUCUUCCUGGUGGGUGUUGUGCUGAACAGCUUGGCACUGUACGUCUUCUGCUUCCGUACCAAGACAAAAACCACCUCUGUUAUUUACACCAUCAACUUGAUUGUUACGGAUCUUUUGGUGGGCUUUUCCUUGCCUGUCCGGAUCAUCAUGUUCUAUAGUGCAGGGGACUGCCUGAAUUGUUCCUUGGUUCACAUCUUUGGCUACUUUGUCAACAUGUACUGCAGCAUCCUCUUCUUGACGUGCAUCUGCGUUGACCGCUAUCUGGCAAUUGUACAGGUGGAGGCCUCACGUAAAUGGAGGAACCCCACCUGUGCCAAGGGGAUCUGCGUCUUCAUUUGGAUCUUUGCCACUGUGGUGACUUUCUCCAUCCUGACCAUGGCAAUACAGUUUGCUGCAUGCUGCCUCUCCAAGAUCCUGGUCCUGAUGGUUUGUGAGUACUUCUUCCCCCUCAUCAUAAUCAUCUUCUUCACCACCAGGAUUAUGUGUGCUCUGUCCAAGCCCAGCCUCAUGCACCAGAGUCGGGAGAGGAGGAUGAGGGCUGUGCAACUCCUUAUCACCGUCCUCAUCAUCUUCAUGAUCUGUUUCACUCCUUUUCACGUGCGACAGGUAGCAAUCUCCAUCAACCCAGACAUGCCCCACGAUGUUAGCCUCCUCGUCUACCAUGUGACAGUGACUCUGAGUAGCCUCAACAGCUGCAUGGACCCCAUUGUCUACUGCUUUGUCACCAAUAACUUUCAGUCAACCAUGAAAAACAUCUUCAGGAAAACCGAGCCAGAGCAAACCAGUGUGGACAUCCUGGGUAUGAACAAGAACUCCAAGGGCUCCAAUGCAAUCAUCGCCUUCUCAAACACAAUAGGAAGCCCUGUGAGUUUACCAUCACCAAGCAGUGUCCAGAUAUAA